UUGAGGACGUUUUAUACUUUUAAUAUAAUGGCUGCCGAGAUUAAACCAGCUCAGCGGAGCUGUAACGAUCGUUUUAACACGUCAAAGAAACCGGAGUUGCUUAGUAAACUGGAUGGUAGCGCGGAUGAUGUUAACGCUGCAAUUUUAAUACCAGGAGAAAAUGGAGUGAUAAGCGUCUCAGAUGACAAAACUAUUCGUGUAUGGCUCAAACGAGAUUCUGGGCAGUAUUGGCCAAGUAUUUGCCAAUAUAUGCCUUCUGGAUGCACGGCCGUAGAGUAUUUCCAAGAAUUCCGUCAGUUGUACGUUGGUCAAGAAAAUGGAACAGUGACUCAAUACAUGCUCUCUGAAGACUGCAACCGUUUAUCUUUCAUACGGGAUUAUCUGUCGCAUCAGGCUCGAGUCGUCGCAGUUGUAUUUACCCAAACUCACAAUUGGAUUUUAUCUGCCGGAAAGGAUAAGCAGUUCGCUUACCAUUGUACUAAAAGUGGUAAACGAGUGGGCGGAUAUAAUUUUGAGACACCAUGUACUGCACUUCAGUUUGAUGCACUGGCAAAAUAUGCCUUUAUUGGCGACCAUGCUGGUCAAAUAACAAUGCUUCGAUGCGAUGUGCAAGGGGUACAACUUAUCACUACAUUUAAAGGCCAUACUGCCGAAAUUCGAUGUUUGAGGUGGGUAGAAGGUCCACAGCUACUCUUUAGCGGUGCAUGCGACCAGUCAGUGAUAGUUUGGGAUGUCGGUGGAAAACGAGGCACCAUAUACGAAUUGCAAGGACAUAGUAACAAAGUUUCGGCCCUUGCUUAUGCUAAUCAAACUCAACAAUUAAUAAGCUGUGGGGAAGAUUCAGUGGUAGUUUUUUGGGAAAUGAAUGCAAUGCGGAAAGAAGUUCCAGGAUGGGUCGAUUCAAACAACUGUCAGCUAUGUUCACGGCCUUUUUUUUGGAAUUUCCGCUCAAUGAUGGACCAAAAACAACUAGGAAUUCGACAGCAUCAUUGCCGACAUUGCGGUAAAGCUGUAUGCGAUAAUUGCUCGACUAAUCGCAUUAAUAUACCAAUAAUGGGCUUUGAGUUUGAUGUGCGGUGCUGUGAUCCUUGUUACAAACAACUUCAAACCGUAGAUCGACCUUCCUUGGCUUCAUUUAAUGAUGUAAAACACUCAAUCGUUCAUAUGGAUCUUGAUGAGGACCGGAAACUUCUUUUAACGGUUGGCCAAGAUAGACUAAUAAAAGUAUGGGAUCUUUCUAAUAUUUGGGCAUAAUAUAUGCAUAUAUAAUAAAUAAUAUAAAUUGUA